UUUAAUUAUAGAGACAGGUUCUGGGAGCUGGAACUAACCCGGUCGGUCGGUGGGGCCGGUAAACAACUCCGGAGCGAGCGGGCCAGGCUGGAUGCCGCGGAGCCCGGGCCCCUGGGAGCGGGGGAGGGGAGCGGCCUCCGGGAGUUGGGAAACGGAGGAAAUUCGAGGAAUCGGCGUUCUCUUUGCGGAGGGAGGCGGGGGGAAGACUCUUUAGCCAGCCUGUGGCGCCCGGGCCGCGUCAAGGUGCUCCUGGCCGGUCCCACGACCGUUGGGGGAAAGCUGCGCCGCCCGGAGAGGGGGACAUCGGGUGCGGGUCGGGACGCGCCCUGGGCCCCGCCCGCUCCGGACCCUUUCCCCCUCGCUUUCCACCCCCGCUUCUCCGCCCCUCUCUCGUCCCCCCCAGCAGAGCUUCGCGAACCCUCCAGAGUUAAAGACCAACGGGCCUUUUUUUUUUUUUUUUUUGCUUGGGGAGUGGGGGAAUCAAAAAACCGAAAUAGCUUCACAUCGGGACGCAGACAAACCUUGUGGUUUUAACGCGCACCCUACUCUGUCCUGAAAUCUGGAACUCAUUACCUCAUCACUAAGAAACUGCACAAAACCGCUCCCCCAACCCCUCCUUCUCGAAGCGGGGAAGGGAGUGAGCAAACUGCCCUUUAAGAAAGAAACCUACAUUUGAAUGAUUUAAAUUAAGGUGGAUGGAAGUUAUUUCUCCUUCUGGCGCUUGCCAGAUUUCAAGAAAAGCUGAAAAAUGGGAACAGGGAGAGGGAAGCAACAGGCAGCUGGACAGCAAAAGAAGAAAAGCAAGGGGCAGCAGCCGGGUUAAAAAUGGGGGCCAUCAAUUUAAGCCAGAGGGGACAAAUUAAAGCAGACGGACUGGGGAUCACAUAGGUUUGUGGCUGCAGCCAAAGCUGUGUGUUUCGCGAAGGUGAAAAACAACAGGUUCCUAAAAACGGUUGUGAUUUGGAAGGUUUCCGGGUUUGCCCGGCCAAAUUUAAUGACAAAUAAAUAAGAAAUGCAGUAAAAAUAUGUGUGUGUGGGGGGGGUGGGGGUGGUGAGAGUGCGACUCCAGCGCUCUGCUGGGCCCGCCCCUACCUCUUCAAAGAAACGUGCUCAUAAUGGGGUGACCUAAUUACAUCGCAAUGGAACCCGCUCUUAGCCACUCAGUGCACAGGGUUUCAUAACAGACCCGGCGGCCUCGAAUGCUGGGAAGAAACGUGCGAGGGCCGAGGAGGCGGCCGGGCACGCGGGGAAACGGGAAAGAAACGCAGCGCCGCGGUUUCCACCUCGGUCUUGACUCCAGCACUCCGGCGGAGACCGAGGGGGCGGUGGGGGACACGUUAACAGUUUUUUAUUUGGGUGGGUGGAGGGGCAUCCGAACCUAACAGUAAAUAAAUAUAUUCUUUACAGUUUUCAAAAGAGUGAUAAUUCAGGGCCUUUCGGUUUCGAGGAUCCCACACCCCCCUCCCCCCAUCCCGCCAAAACAGCGCAGUGUGACAAGCCAUAUGUUCCGUUCCCGUGCGGGCGGGGGAGAAGCAACAGUAAGUUGAAGUGUUGCCUCCCCCCAUCCCUUUACCUACAUUCUUAGCAAAGUAACUUUUUUUCAUUGUUCUGGCAUCUAGGGGGUGUGCGUGUGUGUGUGUUGGUGGGGGAAGUUUCGGCGCGGCCCAUGGUUCGGAGCGCGCGGGGAAAGUGCGUUGCUGGGUGUUUUUUUCGGGGGGGGGUGGGGAUUAGGGGCGUUCAUGAGGAUUUAGGUUUUCUUUAUAAAAAUAUUUAAAGAUUGAUGCGUGAAAUAAAUACCACAACGAGGCCUGUUAAAACAACCCGGCAACUAUACUCCAGUAAAAAUUAAACAAACACCCAAACAAUCCGCCCGGACGGUGGUCUUCUUCGCGACGCUCUCCCACCCCUGCUCCUGCCCACACUCGGAGAGUGUCCGCUGCAAAGCGAGCGCGAGUGGAGACGCGUGCGGCGCGCUAAACCGCUUGGUGCUCGCCCGCGCCAGCCCGGGUCCUCCUUGGGGUGGGGGGGAAGUCUCCCUAAUCCUCCUCUCCCAACCCCCACCUCCGCCCCUGAAAAAAACAAAACCCUUGGCUUGAACGCUUUGUGCGCCUCUUAUUUCCAAUCUCCUCUCCCCUUGGGGUUUGCCGAGGGGAGCCGAGUGCGGAAAAGAACUCGGGAAAAGAGUUAAGUUGUGCGGCAACUUGGAGAAGUUUCCAGGGAGAUCAGCUCAAGAUGGGAACUGCAGCCCCGGCGCUAAGGACGGGCUUCUGCUCCCGCUUGUAAAAAGAGAAAGUCGAGCCCGCCUUUCUGCCCGACAAAAAAACAACAACACAACAACCAGAACCCCGAAGAGGGUGGAAUGAGUGAUGUCACAGAGCCGCGCUCGCAGGCUGACAAAAGGGGGGCGCCCCUCCCCCCCUGCGGGGCGCGCGGCCCCAGAGAAGGGCGCCUGCAGCGAGGGGUAGCCAAGCGAGCGGACUCGAAACUUUUCCUCUUUAAGAAAAAAAAAGUUGUGCGCGGCUCUCAGUGGGUUUUUUUUUUAAUUCGCCUUCUUUCCUCGUCUCCCCUCCCCCUUCUUCCUUUCGAAAGUUUUUUUUUUUUUUUUUCCCAGAGUUUGACCGCAGGGCUGAUUCAACUUCAGUGUCAAUCAACUUUUUUUCCUCCUCUUCCUCAUUUAAAUAAGUUUAAAGCUCCUCCUCCCCCUCCGGCCCACCAAAUCUGAAACUUAUAUAAAUUGGGCUUCGCGCGCCGCAGCCCGGGAGAGUCAGAAAGGCGAGGGGCGCCGGGAGCAGGCGUGUGGGACUCCAGACCGGAGAGCCGGAGGCUGCGCCUUCCCCGCACCGGGACCUUCACGGCACACCAGAUCCUUGUCCCUGCCCCGUGCGAGCGCCCAGGAUGACCACCACCCUCGUGUCUGCCACCAUCUUCGACUUGAGCGAAGUUUUAUGCAAGGGUAACAAGAUGCUCAACUACAGUCCUCCCGGUGCCGGGGGCUGCCUGCUGGACAGGAAGGCGGUGGGCACCCCUGCCGGUGGGGGCUUCCCCCGAAGGCACUCGGUCACCCUGCCCAGCUCCAAGUUCCACCAGAACCAGCUCCUCAGCAGCCUCAAGGGCGAGCCAGCUCCAGCUCUGAGCUCUCGGGACAGCCGCUUCCGAGACCGCUCCUUCUCAGAAGGGGGCGAGCGGCUGCUGCCCACCCAGAAGCAGCCGGGGAGCGGCCAGGUCAACUCCAGCCGCUAUAAGACGGAGCUGUGCCGUCCCUUCGAGGAGAACGGAGCCUGUAAGUACGGCGACAAGUGCCAGUUCGCGCACGGCAUCCACGAGCUCCGAAGCCUGACCCGCCACCCCAAGUACAAGACGGAGCUGUGCCGUACCUUCCACACCAUCGGCUUCUGCCCGUAUGGGCCCCGCUGCCACUUCAUCCACAACGCUGAGGAGCGCCGUGCCCUGGCCGGGGCCCGGGACCUCUCUGCUGACCGUCCCCGCCUCCAGCAUAGCUUUAGCUUUGCUGGGUUUCCCAGUGCCGCUGCCACCGCCGCUGCCACGGGGCUGCUGGACAGCCCCACGUCCAUCACCCCACCCCCCAUCCUGAGCGCCGAUGACCUCCUGGGCUCGCCCACCCUGCCCGAUGGCACCAAUAACCCCUUCGCCUUCUCCAGUCAGGAGCUGGCGAGCCUCUUUGCCCCUAGCAUGGGGCUGCCCGGGGGUGGCUCCCCAACCACCUUCCUCUUUCGGCCCAUGUCUGAGUCCCCUCACAUGUUUGACUCUCCCCCCAGCCCUCAGGAUUCUCUCUCGGACCAGGAGGGCUACCUGAGCAGCUCCAGCAGCAGCCACAGUGGCUCAGACUCCCCCACUUUGGACAACUCAAGACGCCUGCCCAUUUUCAGCAGACUUUCCAUCUCAGAUGACUAAACCAGGGUAGAGAGGGCCGCCCCCCCACCUAUCCACCCCCCGCCCCGACCCCGCACCCACAUCCCCUACCCUUCCCUCCCUACCCAUCGAUUCCUGACAAACCCCUACAUUAACAAGGUUAAGCUCAACCCCUUUCCCCCAGGACCUUGGAAUACCCCCUCCCUCCCCCCUCUUUAAAUGCCCCUCCCCCCAACAUAAGGACAAGUCAAUUUGUCAAUAGCUUCUUCUGGCUAGAACCCCCCCCACCUCAAUUUUAUAGCCCACUUACCAUGCAUAACAGACAAGUCCCAUAUUUGUCAGUAGAUGCGUUUUUUUUCCAGCUUAAGCCUUAAGUGCCAAAUCACAAAAGAAAAAGCAGUAACGGUUUACAGAAGCAACUUAGUGCCUUGUGAUCUAACUUUGUCACUGUGACUACAUUACCUCUUCAGCGCCAGAGGGCACCCGUGGGCCUCCCUGAGCCUCUGCCCAGGGGGAGGGGGAGGGGGAGGGGGGACUUAGAAGAACCAGCAGCUCCCUCCACUGGCAACACAACUGCACCUUUCCUGAUUCCAGUCUCCCACACACUUCCUUCUCCCCUCUCCCCAGCAACCCCCGCCCCCCGCCCCCGCCUUGGGAGAGUUGUUGCCAGACUUGGGUUUUUGGGGAAACCUAGCUUGACAUUCAAAACCUUUUUCUUCCCGACCUGAACCUCUGUUGACUAAUCUUGCCUGGGUUCGUGUAGGUCUGCAGGAAGGAAGACUGCAAAAGCGGAUGAAGAUUGUGACAUAAGUGGGACUUUGUGAUUUAAUUUUUUUUCUUUUGUUUUAAGUGGGGAGGAAGGGGAAGCUAGAUGGACUAUGAGAGACUUGAUUUUGGUGCUAAAGUUCCCCAGUUCGUAUGUGACAUCUUAAAAAAAAAACAACAAAAAAAUGAGAGAAAAGCUUAAAAACAUGUAAGGGGUGAGCAGUUAAUGGUAUUCAUUCCACAUACAAUAUCUGUGUAAAACGAUUUCCUGUAGAAGUAGCUUUAAUGGUUUUUGCUCUAGAAUACCGUAGGUCUAUCCUUAGAGCACUCACGCCAUGCUUUUUUCCCUGGGUUUUAAACUUCAUAUAACUUCAGAAAUUGGAGAGCAAAAAUUUUGCUUGUCACUGCACAUCAAUAUAAAAAAGCUUAUUUAACUUAUCAAAACGUAUUUAUUGCCAAACUAUGCUUUUUUUUGUUAAUUUUGUUCAUAUUUAUCGGGAUGACAAAUCCAUAGAAUAUAUUCUUUUAUGUUAAAUUAUGAUCUUCAUAUUAAUCUUAAAAUUUUGUGACGUGUCUUUUUCCUUUUUUUCCACAGUUUUAAUAUAUUAUUCUUCAACGACAUUUUUUGUAACUUUACACUUUUUUUGGUUAUUUUAUUUUAAAAAAAUGAAAAAUUAAUUUAAAAAAAUGCAAAAAACUGUUGGAUUAUUUAUUUUAGAAAUUUCCCCCCUUUGUGUUGGACUGCAAAUUGAGUUUCUUUCUCUUUUGGCCUUUCACAACUAGGACUGAGAAUGUAUGUAAAAGUUCUGUGACAGUACAGAAGGAAAACAACUUUUAAUGUAUAGCUUCUAAAAGGGAAAAAAAAAAAAGAAACCCUUUGACUUCACGUGCCCAUCUCUAGACAUUCCGAUUGCAGAUUUGACGUUCUGGAUUCCAGGUUUUGGAGUUUUCCAAUGUUAAUGCAAACAGAACUGGCACACACACAUUAAGAUGAAUGUAAUUAUUAUUCCUCUUGCUGGUCACUACCGUCGCUUUCUAUUUCUCUUUCUUUGUGUGAAUUUAUUUAAAAGAAAAAAAAACUUUUUGUAACGAC